AUGGAGCACGCAUUUACGCUCAUCGCAAUCUCGUUGUUCCAACUAUGUGGAGCAGACACGACAAAAUCAGUACCAGGAUGGUACGCUGCUAAUCUUAUCAACGAAUCGAACUAUUCGCCGAAGCCGAUCACCGAGAUUUUCUCUACCGAAAGCCCACUCUCUUCGGAUAAACCAGUUGUUAUACUGCAAUCAACACAGUCGCCUAUAACCCAAGAUAUACUGUCCACUCCCUCAACAUGGAGUACUGGAAGUACAAGUACACCAAGCACGAGUUAUACACAGACACAGUUUCCACGGAUUCUGGGAGGAAAUGACGGCCAAAGACUACUACAGUCAGGUAUUCCCUCCACUUUACCACCAACCACCUAUUCCACGCAAAUACCAAUAAAUAACAUACAGGAUGCAAUAGGAAACCAUGAUGUUUCCGGCAUAAUUGGAACAUUGGAGCAGAUACUGCAGUCUCGCCAGGCUUCAUCAUUUGGACCAAGUCCAAUCCCAACAGUAGCUGUAACUCCUUCUACUAUACAAACCUGGUUGCCAACACAGUCGACUUUACCACCACAAUCAACAGAAUGGAGUACAUUUUCAACAGGAUCGCCUAUACCGUUCCACGGAGAAACGUUUAGUACAUCAUCACCAUACAUCCCUACACUACCUCCAAGGUCCAAAUCUGCUCCAAAUCUUCAGCCAAGAAGGCCAUGUGAUCAAGCAAAAGAACAGUUGAGACCGCCAAAAUUAAAUUCUUCUACUCCCACGCUUUUAAUGCCACUUCCUAAACCAAUUCUUACGAUUCGUCUGAAAGCGCCAAAAGGUUCGAUAACUAAUUUACACAUCAACCCAAGUACAACGACAACGACAAAGAAGCCAUCAACAACAAAAAGGAAGAGUACCAAGAGGAAGAGCGAUUACAACACAUGUUUAGACUCUUGUAAAGAUAAAAGAGAUCCGAUUUGCUCUGGCCCACAAGGAAUCACUCCUGUCGAAUCAAAUACUUUAAAAGGCUUCCCGUCUUUAUGUCACAUGGCGUGCCAUAAUUCUUUUAGAAAAGAAAUUACAUAUGAAAAAGUCGCUGACGGCCGUUGCGGAAAACUACGAACACGUAUACGCACGAUUGAGAAAAAUAAGAUAAAGCGAGAAGAUUUGAAGAAGGCUCAAUACACUGUGUCGCACUCCGGUCCAGAGACAAUAGUCGAAUUUUCGUCAUUGAAGCGUUGA